AUGAAACGCGCCUGUAGCCCAGAAACCAGCCCAGAGCAUGAACUGAAAAAGGCAAUUCCACUGAAUGGACAGCGCCCAGUUCUAUUAAGUCUAAAUGCGCCUGUCUCUCCGCCACGAAAAAGAUCAUCCAUCAAAUUGGUCAAGGAUGGAGAUGGCGGAGACACUGUCCCACUGAGCACACCAAAACCAAAUAGUUCCUCCAGCCUCGCUGCCAUCGAAGCAGGUCAGGUUGAAGUGACCGACCAUCUAAGCACAAUUUCGGCAAGGCUCAAGGAAUGCGUUCGCCCACUCCCGGAACAGCCGAUACCGCGGCUGCCAAUCAAAGAUUGGAUCGAGCUGUACAAACGCAACGAGCACCCAGAAGGACGCCAUUUCGUCAUCCAUCAACAUGACCAUCCCAUCGCAGGACCCCAUUAUGAUCUCCGUCUCCAGUUCUCAGAGACUAGCUCUGUCAGUUGGUCGGUUAUGUAUGGGAUGCCUGGGGAUCCGAAUAGCCAGCGAUUAAACCGGAAUGCAACCGAAACCCGGAUCCAUUGUUUAUGGAACCAUCUCAUUGAAACAGCUUCCCAACAAACGGGGAGCUUGAUUAUUUGGGACACUGGAGAAUAUGAAAUUCUACCUUACCAAAUGGACCCAUCUGGGCCGGAGACCGAUGAUUCUCGAUCAGAGAUGUCCGAAGAAAGUCAGGUUUCACUGGAAGAGCCAAUAUCGGAUAGUGCGAAGUUGCGACAAGCUUUUCAGAAUCGCAAAAUCAGACUCCGACUGCACGGAACCCGUCUACCAAAAGACUACACUAUUACUCUGCGGAUGGACAAAACAACCAAUUUCGCGCGGCCGAUCCGCGAAGGCCGCAAACGGCGUCGUCGACAUCCAUCCAGGCCAACGGUGCCACAAGCGCCGUCUACCUCGGACUCGGAAUCGCCUUCGCCGCCCCCUGGCAAAGAAGAAUUGCGGGGGAAGCAUGCAGAUGCAGAUGAUACCGACACCGCCGACAUUGAAAUACAAAGAAACAACGCCUACCCAGGGUCCAGCAACACGAUCGGCUCGAUCCACCAACGGCGGUGGUUUCUCAGCUCAGACCGGGAAUCCUCUGGAUUUGAGCCGACCACGGUAAAUCAAAGUGAAGAGCUGAAAGAAAGAGGAAAGAAAAGAACGUGGACUCCUAAACCUGCCGGAGGAUUCGAACCGUUUUACGUGCACGGGCCGGAGGCUGAGCGCAGCAUUGUUACGGCGCGAUUGGCGCGCGAUGUCUUGGAUGACGAGGCCGUGGAAGAGUUUGUGCCGAGGCGCGGGUGGAGGCCGGUCCUGCAUUAG